CAAAAAAAAAAAAAAAUGUCGAAUCCUAAGCAUCAGCGUGAGUCUCUGACUGCCAGUGUGGUCGAUUCGUCCCUUCGGUAUCACACUGCGAAUGUUGCGGAAUCAGAUGGACAGUCCUCAAUCAGAAGCACGAAGUCUUACCCGCCCGCAAACGCUCUCUAUGAGGACCUCGCUAACAGUUCGGACCUUUUCUGGAAAAACCUUCAGGACUUCCACAAAUCCUUGGGCGCCAGCUUAAAAGUUCCUACUAUAGGAGGAAAGCAACUAGAUCUAUACCGCCUUUUUAUUGAAGUCACUUCUCGUGGUGGGCUUGAAAAGGUAAUUGGAGAUCAUAAAUGGAAGGAAGUGGUUACAAUCUUCAAAUUCCCGAACACUGUAACAAGCGCAUCAUUUGCAUUGCGUAAAUACUAUCAAUCAUUGCUUUAUGACUUUGAGCAGGUUUAUUAUUUCCGGAAGCAAGUUCCUUCUUUUUCAAAACCUGAUUCUGGUAGCAGGAGCAUAUUGACCUCAAAGGAAGGGGCUGCUUUGAGUGAUUUACCAGCUAGUACGUUCGAGCAGCAGCUUGGCUCUUUGGUGCCUGGUACCAUUGAUUUGAAGUUUGAUGGUGGAUAUGUAGUCACUGUGAAUCUGGGUUCUGACCAGUUGAAAGGUGUGUUGUAUCAUGUUCCUCUCAAUGGAUCCCAGAGUUCUGCAUCCAUCCCUGCUUCUCAGAAUCGAAAGAGAUCAAGGUUGGGCUUGCAUGAUCCAUCUCGGCCCAAAUCAAACAGGAGUGGCUACAAUUUCUUCUUUGCUGAACACUAUGCCAGGCUAAAGCCUUCAUACUAUGGGCAAGAGAGGGCAAUUAGUAAGAAGAUUGGGUUUUUAUGGAACCAUCUCACUGAAGCAGAAAGACAGAUUUACCAGGAGAAAGGAAGGAGAGAUAAGGAGAGAUACAGGACUGAGAUGGAGGAAUACAAAGCCUCCAAUAAUUUGACUCCUCAGUAGUAGCCUCCAAUUGCUAUAUUGAAUUACUUCAGUUUUGUGCUUGUUUUUUCUUUUUCAGUAAGGAGAAUCCCAAGGAACAACUUUGGGAUCAUACUGGUGGGAGUUAUGAUGGUAGGGUUUGUGAAACUGGUUGUAUUUGUAUCUCUUUUAGGGAUAAUUCAUAGUAGAAGCAAGGGUCUCUUGUUCAGCUCUCGAUGCUUCAUUAUUUAUUCCCUGGACUUGUUCUCCA